AUGUCAAUUCGCGACACAAACGUAGUGAUCAUUGAGACUGGCAGGACUGUCGUACGUGCUGGUCUCGGCCUCCAUGAUCUCUUAAAAACUCCCACAGUUGAAAUCCAAGCUCGAGUUGGCCUGCGCCAAACCGCGUCAGAGAAUGGUAUUUCAAAUACCAAUGGGGUUUCAGAGGAACCUCCCCUAGCUUCCACGAGUCGCGUUGGGACAUCUAGACCAACAGCGUCCGUGACUGAUUACCUUGUCGGCACCCAACUCGACGAGGCAUUGGCAAAUGGCCAGGAUAUCAUCGUUUCAUGGCCAUUUGCGGAUGGAGAUGUCAGCGACUGGACGCAGGCAGAAGCUAUCUGGAAAUACAUCAUAUUCAACCAACUCCAACGCCGUCGCGUACAAAACGAGUCCCCAGUCCUCCUCUCCAUCUUUCCAGGCCUCUCACGCGACACGUACGAGCGCAUCUGUCAAAUAUUCUUCGAGCGCUUCAACGUAGCAGGAUUUGGAAUUCUUGAGCUGCCCAUGGCCCAGUUAUACGCCGUCAACACCCUCAGCGGGGUCGUAGUCGACAUUGGGGACGAAAAAACUGAUAUCACUCCCGUGUACGAGGGUUUCAUAAUCCAUUCCGCUCGUACAUCCACGCCGCUUGGUUUGCAUGAUUGUCAGAACUACCUCGCGCACCUUCUACGAUCGAACCAGAAUGUUUUGAAGGCCUUAUCACCCCCAGGAAACCCAACGGACCCUGAGACGCUACAUUACACACUGCUUGAGCUGGUGAAACAGCUAUACAAAGAUGGUUUCGUAAAAGUACCAUCGGACGGAGAGACCGCAGCGCCAGAGGACGAAGGUGUAACGGACAUUGCUGCGGUUAUUGUUGCUGGCCGGGAAAAAGCGGUCAUUGAGAGUGGGAUGAAGAAGAAGGCUACGGCGAAGCAGUCUGCGGCAGAGCAGGCUCGAGCAAGGGAGAUCGAGGCGUUGGACUUGAUCACUGUUCAGUUCCGCGAGCAUUCCCUUACGUUGGGCAAAGAACGUCAUCGGUUCUGCGAGCCUUUAUACGAUCCGUCGUUAUUAGACAACCUCCCCUAUUCUACCCCACGCAACCCGAAAUCCGCGAAACCUCUGCCGUUGCAAGAGACAGUGGGGCAUGCGGUAAGCCAUGUCGGCGUUGGCCAGCGUCAAUACGUCUGGCAGGGUUUGUUGGUGACUGGCGACGUCACGCGACAUGUUAAAGGGAUUGGGGUAGCGUUGCAGUCAAGACUGGCACCGUUCAUCGGCAGUCCUGAAUUACAAAGUGACGUGCAGCCGCGGUCUAUACGCGUCGUGACGAUACCGGACUACUACGCAGAGUACCGGGAGACGGGGAACGGGUUCGCUGCGUUCCUGGGAUUGAGUAUUAUUGCAAAGAUCAUCUUCAGUGAUAGCAAUGGGAAAAACUUUGUUUCAAAAGCGGAUUAUGCGGCAAAGGGGCCUCAUUCGAUAAUAGAGAUGACCCCGUCAUUGUUGUAG